AUGGGUUAAACCAAUUCAUAAAAUUUACAAUAAUCGAAAAUGGAUGUUCCUAAAAUCAGUCAACUCUAAUUUUGGAAGUAAUCAACAGAUAUCCGCUAUGGAGAGAUAAGAAUAUUCAAGACGCAGGAUCAACAUGCUGUAGCUGUUAAAGAUCAUAUUUUUUAAGAUGAUGAAUAAUGGAAUUAAUUCAAAAUAACCCAGGAGAAAUAAAUGGGAAAUAAAUAGAGUACCCCUUUCUUAAUUUAAAUGAUGGACUUAUAACAUGUCACAGAGAAGGAACUCUGCUCUCAAUUAACUUAAGCUCAUAGUGUCUAUGAAUAUUUUGAUGAAUAUUUGGAAAGAGUAAUAAAUGAGUUAAGUGAAACUAAAUAAUAUUUUGAUGAAAUUGAAAUAGUUGCUAUGCUCCAUUGUACAUUAACGGCAUUAUAAAGAUUGAACGAUCAAUAAAAGCAACAUGGCGAUAUCAGACCUUUAACUAUAAGUUUGACAUCUUAUGCUCAAAGAAGUUAAUUUCGAUAGAACCAUCCAUUUUCAGUUUUCAAAUUGACAGAUAUCCAAGAAAUGACAGACAUGACUGCUUAUAGAAGAUGCAUAGCUAAAUAACAAGGCUAAUACAAUUUAAGUCCUGAAUAAUUGUCAUCUCUUAAACAUAAAGUCUUAAGACCCAAUAUUGACUAAAAUAAGUCAGAUGUAUUCUGUAUUGGAUUAACUGCAUUAUAAAUGGCAACUUUGAGUUUUGUUUAGGAUAUUUAUGACCUGUAAAGUUAUACUUUUAAUAUGGAAAAAUUAGACGAUUAUUUAUUCUUCUUGAAAUCUUAAUAUAGUUCCGACUUAUAUGAUAUUGUUGAAUCUUUACUUAUAAUGGCUCCAGAUAAUAGACCCAAUCCAAAACAAGCUCAUGAACUAUUGUAUAAAUACAGAUUUUAAUUGGAAGACUAUUUUAGAUCAUCUACUAUUGGUGAAUUCAUACCGAAUUAUUCAAUUGAUUUCAGAGAAUAAAACAAUGGCAUUCAUAAGCAAAGAGUUGUUAACCAUUAAUCACAUAGUUUGCAAAACUAAGAUCCAAAUAAUUAAUUAUAUCAUUAAGUUGAGAAUCUAGAUUAAAGAGCAAAAGUAGCUUUAAAAAGAAGUUAAGAUGCCCAGAUAAGAUUCUAAAAGUCACCUAAUAAAUAGUUUAAAGUUCCUAUUCCUAAUUGGGAACCAACGAAAAGUUUAAAAGAAUAUUCUAGUUUAUAGCCAAUUACUUUAUAAGAAAUUCUUCCUUUAUAAAAUAAAUAAAUGAAUAUCUAGAGUGAUCAAAUCAUUAUUUAGGAUCCACCUUCUAAUAGGCAAUCAUUUUUUAAGAAUUUAACUAAUCAAUAAUAAUAUUAACAACAGAAUUUCAGUGAACAUGAGUAAGUUAUUCAUAAUGAUGAUGAAUAUGCAUAUAAUCAUUAAGAAAUAGAUGAAUAACCAAAGCAAAGUUUAGUUGAGUAAGUAGAACUAACUAAUUCAAAUCUAAAAACACUACAAUAAAAACCUAUUACUAAUUAGUAUGAUAAUAACGUAUUUUAAUAAUAAUCAUUAUUUCAAUCAAUAAACACCGACUAAAAGAAAUUUCCAUAGUAAUAAUAAUAAUAGUAACUACAAUAAUAAACUUAUUCAUAAAUUUAAUAACAAUCAUAUCAAUACUCAAAUUAGGUUUAAUCAAAACAACUAUAAAACAUUGAAUAGUAAUCCUAAGCUCGCUCUUCAGCUUACAACUAUCCCCAAAAUUAAAUAAAUGAAAGCAUAAAUGAUCAUCAAAGAUCUCCAUAUGCUUUAUAAUAAAGAUAAUCUUUGGCAUUAUCUCAAGAUAAAGUGAUUACCUAAUAAUUAACUGGAUAAUAAGUUGAAUAAACACUACAAAAUCUAUAAAAUAGAUAAUCUAUUCGUCAAGAUUCCUUUGGUGUAGGAGCUAAUAGACCACAAUAGCCAUUGGUAGUACCUAAAUCUCCAGAAAUUGAGCCUAAGAAUAUUUUCCCCUAGUUGGAUUAAGAAAAGUAAUCUUAAUAGAAUCAAAGAUCUCCAAUAUAGCCACUUGAAAGAAUGGAUGAUGAUGAUUAGGAACAUCAUUACAAUCCACAAUUAACCGAAUCAAAUGACUCUUAAUAGGCCAUAUCUGUACAAAGCAAACCCCAAAGUAUAAGAGGCACAAUGGUUGGUAGUUAAUCACAAUUAAAGGUACCUCCAUCUGUGGCAUCUAGAUAAUAGCGUCCAACUGUCUAAAAAUAAUAAACUACUACUACUACAUCCUAGAAAAAUAUAUAUAAUCUAUCAUAAAAGAAAAGUAGUAAAAUCAUUAAAAAAUGA